UGAUACCCACAAAUUCCCUCCACAUCUGACAGCCAUCAAAACCGUGGGAGAAUCGUACAAUUAGAUAACGAUAGUCACUUCUACUACUUCUACUACAGUAACGCAAGAAAUGUAAUUCGUUACUUUCUACCUCUUUGUCCAGAGAUGUCACAAUAUGUUCAUUUAAGGGCAUUUAAAAACGCUUCCUAAGUCCCUCACGUUAUCAUCUUCCCAGCCAAGUCCACUUUCGCUUAUGUAGCUAAAACAGCCUUUUGGGACACCGAGUAUGAAUAAUUAAAAAAAAUAGCUGUAUCCAAAAAUUAUCCUAAAACGUAUUCACUUGCCCACGUCGCGCUUCUUGUUUACGAUUACAAAAGCUACUUCCUUGUUUACAUCAUUCUUCCUUCUGAUUGGUCCACUGAGAGCACUAGCGUAUAUUAAAUAGGGUGCGUUUGAUUUGGACGUCGCACGGAUGGUGCGCGUCACCGCCCACCUGGCGUUAUAGGAAAAGACUAUAAACCGAUUGCAAAUAAAUAAAUAAACGCGGAAUAGGCUUCCAUUGAGGUACCGAACUCCCAACAGUACGUUCGCUUCAUUGCUUGUUCCUCUGACCAACAUCAGCACGUUGUCGAUGGUAGUCAGUGAUUCCCCGGAGGAUCUGUGAAAUGUUGCCCAACUCAACCUCUGAUUGUAGUCGUCGAGCAUCCACCAAGACGCCGUGGAGGAGCAUCCACAACUGCCAUAGAAAUGUGGCGUAGUGCCGGUUAACUGCAUCUGCUUCAGAUGUUGACAGAUCAGAUUUAAAAAGGUAACAGUGGCUGCAGGCUUAAAGAUGUCUCUACCACUGGCUAUCCUGGUGGUCCUCUCUGUACUGGAGAUUGGAGCCCCCCAUAUUGGACCUGAGAUGGACCCGUACAAAACCUUAGGAGUCACCAGAGAUGCAAACCAGGCUGAGAUUAAGAAAGUAUACAAGCGCCUGGCUAAAGAAUGGCAUCCUGACAAAAACAAAAAUCCUGGUGCUGAGGACAUGUUUAUCAGGAUUACCAAAUCAUAUGAGAUCCUAUCCAGUGAGGACAAACGUGCCAACUAUGACCACUACGGGCAGACUGAUGACACCCAACCAUAUAGCCACUACGGUCACAAUUUCAACUUUGAGGAGUCCUUCUUUAACUUCCCAUUCAACAACAAGAACCAGCGGGAAUUUUCUGAUGGGAAGUACUUGCUGCACUUCAACCAGUAUGUCAGUGACGUGGUGCCCGACAGCUUCAGGAGACCAUAUCUGAUCAAGAUCACUUCCGACUGGUGCUUCAACUGCAUUCACAUUGAGCCUGUGUGGAAAGAGGUGGUGCAGGAGAUGGAGAUGCUAGGUGUCGGAAUUGGUGUGGUGGAUGUCGGCUAUGAGAGACGGUUGGCCAACCACCUCGGUGCUCAUCGCACGCCAUCAAUCCUUGGCGUCAUCAAUGGCAAAGUGACAUUUUUCCAUUAUGCUGUAGCAAAGGAACACCUGAGGCAGUUUGUGGAAGACCUUCUCCCUCAGAGACUUGUGGAGUGGGUCAGCGACAAGAAUGACCAGCAGUUCUUGAACAGUUGGCACCAACUCAACAAGCCGCAUGUGCUCCUGUUUGACCAAGUGUCUAUAGUUCCUUUACUUUACAAGCUGACGGCGUUUGCAUACAAGGAUUACUUGCAGUUUGGCUAUGUGGACCAGGGCCUUUCUGAGACAGCCAAUCUGCAGAGACAGUUCAAUAUCAACACCUAUGCCCCCACUAUGCUGGUUUUUAAAGAGAACACAGACAAGCCUGCUGACAUCAUCCAGACUAAAGGAAUGAAAAAGCAAAUAAUUGAUGACUUUAUGUCAAACAACAAAUUUCUCCUGGCACCAAGACUGGUGAAUCAGAAGCUUUUUGACGAGCUCUGUCCUGUCAAGCAGUUCCACAGACGAAGGAAAUACUGCGUGCUGCUGAUUACAGGUGACGGCGAGAGCUUUUCUUUAGGCAACCAAGCCUUUCUGUCUUUCGCCUCGGUCAACACGAAGGAAGUCGUGAGAUUUGCUUAUGUUUACCAACAACUACAGCAACCGCUUUGUAACAUCCUGAUGACCAGCAAGGACGGCACACAGCCACCACUGCCACCACAGGUGGUGAUCCUGGAGAGGCGCAAUACUGCUGGAAAGGCCUUUUUCAAGCCAGUGAGCACUUGGAACGGCAGUGAAGAAGACAAGCAGCGCCUAGUGGAGGAGUUGGAGCGACUCCAGAAGGACCCGUCCAUUCUGAUUCAUGAUGCCAUACUGCCUGUGCUCAACAAUGAGUUUGCAUCUAUGUUUAUUAUCCAGUGGAUCUCUGCAUUUUAUGAUUACCUGUCUGAAGUCAUUGAUGACAUCCUGCACAACAACUGGCGUGAGAUGAUGCCUCUCCUGUCCCUCAUCUUUUCUGCCUUAUUCAUCCUGUUUGGAACUGUGGUCAUCCAAGCAUUCAGUGACGCAAGUGACGACAAACGCUCAAAACCAAAAGCAAAAGAUGGACCCAAAACAGAAAAUGGGUCACCAGGAAAUGCAUCAAGUCGGCCCCCCAAGAAGAAUUUUGUUGAGGUGACCGAGCUGACAGACAUCACCUAUAUAAGUAAUCUAGUGAGGCUGAGGCCAGGACACAUGAAUAUUGUACUCGUGCUCACGGAUGCAUCCAAGAACAUCCUGCUAAGCAAGUUCGCCAAAGAGGUGUACUCUUUCACUGGGAGCGUGACACUGCAUUUCUCCUUCCUGAAUACAGACAAGCACAGUGAGUGGAUGGGUACACUGCUAGAAAGCGUGCAGGACAGCAUGCAAAUCGACACAUGCGAGGAUGAUGCAGGCAGCAACGGCGGCAACUACAAGAUGGACUACACCGGCUACGUGCUGGCACUCAACGGACACAAAAAGUACUUUUGUCUCUUUAAGCCCGUCUACACUGGGGAAGACCUGGGCAACAAGGCCAUGGAGGACAAUGGGACUACUACGUCAGUGCGUCGGUCAAGGUCGGCUUCACGUAAUGAUUACCCGUCACGCAAGUCGACCCGCUCUCGCAGCACGUCCACCCUACAGAUCCACCACAAGCUAGACCGCUUGGGGUUGUGGAUGGAGAGGCUCAUGGAAGGCACCUUGCCUCGCUGCUAUAUCCCCGCCUGGCCAGGACUUGACAAGAUCACUCCCAGUAAAUAGACAGGGGCACGUUCGGAGUACAGCAUCUCAUAAAAGUGAGUACAUUGUUUAUUACUGUAUAUUGUCUCAACCGACAAUACUAGAGAAAGUAAACUUGGAUAUACUUUAGAAUAUUCAGUUUACAGCUAGUAUAUCAGUAUAGAAUAACUUGACACACAGCCAUUAUUGUCUUGAUAGGUGGCAACGCAAGUGAGUACCAAGAUAAUUGUGUUUUUCCUCCAGUCAAGCAUGGUGGUGGUAGUCAUGGUCUGGGGCUGAAUUAGUGCUGCCAGCACUGGGCAGCUGUGAUUCACUGAGGGAAACAUGAAAUCCAGCACUUACUGUGAUAUUGAAGCAGCGUAUGAGACACAAUUUGGCCAUGUUCACUGUGAGCUGGCCUCUCUUGUGUUGCCAUCUAUGGUAUACUGCUAUGCAAGCUGUACAAGGACUAUUCUGAUGUACAGUCAUCCCUCGCUACAUCGCAGUUCGAACAUUGCUCUCUCUAUCCUAGUUUUUCAAAAUUAAUUAAUAGUUGAUCACUGUUUUGUUGUUGACUAUGGCCUAUUAUUAGUCAAAAAAUAUUGAAAGACAAGUUCUCUCCGCUUGGGAAUCUGUGUGAAGUUUGCAUGUUCUCCUUGUAAGUGCGUGGGUUUUCUCCGGGUACUCCGGUUUCCUCCCACAUUCCAAAAACAUGCAUGAACACAGGAAAUGGUCUUGACAAAAUAAAAGUCUAAACAGGAAGUGAUGCAGAAAAAAAAGGAAAAACACAAGAAAAAAAAGGAAAAACACAAGUCCAACCAUUUAUUUUGCUUUUGUAUGAUUUUUUGUAUGAUUUGAAUUACAUUAUUAGCCAUUAUUUCCUACUGUUAAUGCAUUAUACUAUUCCCUAUAGCAGGGGUCACCAACGUGGUGCCCGCGGGCACCAGGUAGCCCCCCACGACCACACGAGGUGCCCGCAAGUCUGCUUUUCAUUCAGGUUUACAGUUAAUAAUGAAAGAACAGUAGAAAGAAAUGCAUUCUGAAAUACAAAAUGUGAGUUGUGGACACCAGCAUUUUGUUAAUGUUCUGGUAAAACACGCAUAUUCGCUUUGUUUGGGUUUAAAAUAAGCUCUGAAAAUAAAUGUUACAAAAAUGAGUAGCUCAUGGCCAUUUUCAUUUUGUAAAAGUAGCUCUCACAAGGAAAAACGGUGGUGACCCCUGCCCUAUAGCAUUUUAACAACUGUAAAACUAAAUAAAAUUGACAUAUAUUUGCACUCUCAGUCAGGGGCGCCGUAAAUCGCCCAAAAUAUAGAUACAAAUUAAAAUAUGAUCUAGGUUGAGAUUUUUCUUUUCUAAUACACCCAUAAAACAAUCCAUAAAACAAUCAAAAACAAUCUCUUUGUUUUUCGCAGUAAAAGUUAAAUCCACAUUGACAAAAAGUAAACAUUAAUAUUGACAAACCACCCCCUAUAUUUAUGUACAUGAAAUGGUUUGGUCCUGCCUUAGCACACAGACCAGUGACGGUGCUUUGUAGCUACAAGAUAUAUAAAUAAAUACAUUUUUCAAAAAGAAAAGUGAGAAACGAGAGGGAAGAAAGGCAAAGUAGGAGAUUGGAUAGUACUUACUUACAGUUCCAGAAAUCGAAAAUAUUCUCGAGAGCAAAAAUUUUAUAUUAUUACAAGCCUUGAAGAAGGAAAUGAAUGAGAUACUGUUGAAGAGCGUACUGCAUUACAAACAAUGCAAGAAAUUAGGUGUCUGCAAUCACAAACAGCAAAAUUACUCAAAAAUAAGGCAUGAUUUAUUUAUUUUUUGUCCCGUCCAGCCAUUUGAGCAGAUAGUAUUGUUGAUCUAAAUGCCUAAGUGCUCAACAGAUUAGCUUUGCCAGGGAAAAGUGUGCAAUACACUUCCCCUGUUAUACAGAAUUUAUUUGACUUUUAUGUUUUGUUGUUAUUCAAAUUUGGAGCGGCCGGAUCGGAGCAGGAGGGGAUUGGGAAGAAGAAAAAAGAAAGCAGAGGGAAGUGUGAGAAUAAUAGGGGGACAAAAAAGAGAGAGACAAGGACAACAGCAACAACAACAACAAUUGCAACAACAAUAACAAAACAACAGAAACAAACAGGACUACAUCAGCAAAUGUCUGUGACCACUAUGAACACCCUGACGGAAAGGACAAAAUAAUAUCAACAACCACAAUGAUAACACUGUAUUGAAACAGUCAUACAUAUUAGUAAUAAUAGUCGUAAUGAAAUUAUUAACUAUGGUAGUGAUCAGAAUGACAAUAACUGUAAUGCACACAAUUUUAAAAAAUAUAAUCAUAUUGCCGAGAUCACCGUCACUGCAAUAAAACCAACAACAUAAAAACACCUUGGUUAACUUAGUGAGUUAUGUGGGGAAGUACAUAUGUACUGUGAGUGUGCAUAUGUACGUGUGUACAGGUAUCUUUGUAUGUGUGCAAGUCUUUAUGUACAUAAAGGUGCGCGAAUGUGUGAGUGUGUAAUUGUCACUGAGAAUGCAUGAAAGGAGAGGGACUGCCUCUCACCACCCAGCAAGCUCCGCCCCACACAGCCAGGCCGAACCCCCACCAUCAGAAAGCCACCGGGGCCACAGGGGCAGGCAGCACAAAGACCAGCUCCCCAAGAGCCAGCCCACAGAGCCCUCCCUCCCGGGAAGACCAGGAAGGGGCCGCAGGGAGGCAAUCCCAACAAUAAACAGGGCGCGGGCAGGCCGGAGGACAACGAACCCCUGAGACCGACGAGAGAUCACACCCCACAAGGACAGACGGGCACCGGGGGCCACACACUAGCAGGCCCAGAGACGCCCCCGUGGGGGACUGGCGGAAACGCCCCCCACGCCCCCACCCCCGACCCCCAGGGAACGGAGAAGGCGAGACCAGCAGCAGACCAGCCACCGCACCCCGCCAGCCACCGGAAGCCGGACCACCCACCCGCCCCCAGAACCGACGGCGCACAUGCAGACAGCGGCCCAGCAAAGCACAAAGACCGGCAGCAACAAACGCCCAAGCGCCCGGCAGAGCACCACCCCACAGGCAGACCCAGCCUCAGGUCACACGCUCCCCACCCCCUGCCCCUCACCAGGGCCUAUGGUCCCCAUGAGUAGGACCAAGCCCCAACCCACCAGACAGCCCGGGGCUCCCCCAGAAGCCACCACAGCACAGCAACCCCAAACUACCACGGCAUGCAGGCCACCAGUAGCAUGGGCACUGCCCCCCGGAGACUGACGAAUUCCCCCUAAACGUGCAGAAGUGCCCACAGCCCAGGUCAGACCAAGUGAAGCACUGCAAGCCGCGGCAUCAGCCAGACAAAAACACCCCACAAGCUAGGCCACCCCAGGCGAGCCACAGCGCCGCGACGGCCAGCGGACAAGUCCACAGCCACAUCCCCGAACCCGCUCAGCGGACAGGCACUGUGGAAUAGGCAGGCGAUACCCCAAUCCAGCCCACUCCACCCGUGUAUUUGAUAAAAUGGGAUUGUGUCUAUUAUGCAAUUAAAAAUAUAAAUAAAUAAAAGAGGACAGCUUUGAAGGGCAGCUUUCUGUGUCCCUGAGGGGUGUAUUUGUGUGCAUGUAUGUGAUAGGGAUGUAUGUGGAUGACAGCUAACGAUGCAAUUGAAAUUGGGGGACAGCUGAAGUAAGGUGGACCGCUCACCUGCCCAGCCCCCCCAAACCCUAAGUGUCUAUUGUGCAAUUAAAAUUGAGGGGCGACAGAGUCAGAGGCAUGCCAGGGGCAAAGGAGCCUCCGCAAGGCAACUCCACUCCACGCCACUCCCGACCGUAGACCACCCCCCAAAGUCCUAUAUGUGAACUGGUGCAGUGGAACAGGAAGGACGAGGGACCCACAUGCCCAUCCCCCAACACCGCCCAAACCGAGCGGGGGGGACCGAGGACACAUGACUGACAAACCACUCACACAGCACAGGCUCGAGCAAGUUACGGGCCGCAGGACACACCACAGGCCCUACCCGCCAGGACACCCAGUCCGGCCCGCCCACCCUCCCAGAGAAGGUACACUCAGCACUCCCAACACCAGAGCCCCACCAGAGGCAGGGUCCACAAUGCCACCCCCCAACUGCCAAACACCAUGGACCAGCCACACUCCCUAUGGCAGACACGACCGCCACCAGACCAGCAGGAACCACGUCCAUGCGACACACACAACCACGGCUGAAUUAGGCAUGAUUUUAAAUGUCUACAAUCACAGAUUUUAUUUCAGAACAAAAGCCUCAUCGAAAUGAUAAUUGGGGUCUAUGGUGAUGUCAUAAAUCUUAUGGAGAAAAACAGAGCACUGAGCAAGGAUACCAAGGUGCUAAGAGAAGAAAUCGAGGAGUUACAAGAUGAAAAUGCUGCCUUGUGCAUUGCUCUUAAGGUUAAAAACCCAAUAGAACAGAGCAUUAUGCAAUGAUAUCAAGGUUCUACAGGAUGAUAUUAAGGCACUAUUGAAGGAUAAUGCUGCCUUGCGCACCACUCUUGAGGAAAAGAAAGAAGCAAAGGAAAAUAUCACUGAGCAAAUGAGAAAUAUAAUUGAUGAUAUGGAUCAGAAUGCACGAAUGAAGAAAAGUAUCCUCACAAGGCUCCGAAUUACACCCAGGUCAAAAGAUAGGCCAACCCAAAACAGAGGAGAACCAGAUUAAAUGGAUGUUCCUUCAACAAAGCAAAAAUGAAAUUCCUACAAUCAAAGGAUGUAGAUAUCAACACCAUUGACACCAGAAACAACACCUGUCAUCAUUGUUAAAUUCAUCAACAGGGAAUUCAAAACUGCACUGCUGAAACAGGGAAAAAAGCUGAAAGGCACAAACGUCUAUAUGAAUGAGCAUCUGACAAAACGGCACCCUGACAUCGCCAAGAAAGCGCGAGACUUGAGGAAGCAGGGAAAGAUACAAAGCAUUUGGAGCACCAACGGUAAAAUCUUCAUCAAGCUAAGUGGAGGUCCAGGAAAACAAGCAAGAGUGCUUGUUGUCAAAGAUACCAGCGAUCUGGAUACAUAUUAAACAUCAUAUUACCAUAACAAGGAAAAUAGAGGAUACAACCUGACAAAGGAAGAACCAUGCAGUUAAAAGGAUUAUAUUAAAUAUAAUUUGACUUUGAUAUCAUCGUUGCAAGGGCCUGUUCAACACUAAAAUUGGGGACCCAUGUAUCUACAUUCAUUGACACUCACAGUACAACACUAAAGACAGCAAGAAGUGGUUCUGGAUAUCAACAGGGGAAAAAGAAAGAUUUUGUUUGUUUGUUUUGUUAUAUAAAAAUAAUAAUAAUAAUAUAUAUUAGCAAUUGAUGUGAUACGGAGAGGGGGUAGGAUUAAAUAAACUCUGAUUCUUCCUACUCCUUUUCGGACAUGUGGAAUUGUGAAUUGUAAAAUGAAGCAUUCAGUGUAAACUGUAUGCAUGUUUGAAAUAAAUUAAACCAUAACCUUGAGACGCUUUCUCUAAAACAUAAUCAUCAGGUUAGAAAUCUGGGGGUAAUGGACUCAGACCUGAACUGAAACAGCCACAUUAAAUCAAUAAAAUAAUCAGCUUUUUACCACCUAAAAAACAUUGCCAAAAUCAAGGGAAUAGUGUCUAAGCCAGAUGUAGAGAGACUAAUCCAUGCCUUUGUCUCCAGCAGGCUAGACAACUGUAACAGCCUUCUCACUGGGCUCUGUAAAUGAGCUGUAAAACAGCUGCAGUACAUCCAGAAUGCUGCUGCUCGAGUCCUAACUAAAACCAAGAAAUAUGAGCAUAUGAGUCCAGUACUCUGUCACUGCACUGGCUUCCUGUCGAUCAGAGAAUAGACUUUAAAACAGGUCUGCUUGUGGUCUUUUCAUGGUCUUGCGCCAAAGUACAUCUCUGACAUGUUAGAGCCACAUAAACCAUCUUGGGCUCUGAGAACCUCAGGGGGUGGUCUCCUGCGGGUGCCCAGAGUCAGGACUAAACACAGUGAGUCUGCGUUCAGUUUUAUGCUGCCAAAAUCUGGAAAAGCCUUCCAGAAGAUGUGCAACAAUCCUCGAUUAUGACAUGUUCUAAUCCAUGCUGAAAACAAUAAAAGCACUUUGAAUUACCUUGUGUAUGAAUUGUGCUCUAUAAAUAAACUUGCCUUUCCUCUAGUAAUGUUAAAAAACAUCUUUAGAAAGUCUUAAACAGGUUUUCUAUGCUCUAACUACGAAAAUGUUGUUUACUAAUAUAAUAUAAUAUAAUAUAAUAUAAUAUAAUAUAAUAUAACCGCUAUAAAUAAGGGGCGACUGCAUAUCCAAGUCUAAUUUCUAUAGGAUUGUCCUUUUAGAAGAUAUAAUAAAACGUUUGCUUAACUAUGAGGGGUGUACUCAUUUUUUAUAAGAUGAUGUAUUGUUCACUGAAAAGGCUGUGCUGACAUGACCUUUCUGCAUUUCUAGGCAUGUUUUUGUUCUGUACUGUAUUUUAUGCUGCUGGGGCCUUGUGGACAGAGAACAAACGUGCUAUUCAUACUGGCACAAUACUGUGAACGUUAAUGCAUGUUUUGUCUUCAGUUAAAGAUUACUAUGGAUCCUCCAAUAUUAUGUACCGCACUGUUGUGUUGUGACUAUACGAAUGAACCUCAGCAUUUUUUGUCACUUGUUUUAUGUGAUUGUCCAAAUUUUUAUGUCAAUGUAGCAACCAAAACCCACAAGUAGCUUGAUGUAGCCAAAUAAAGUUGGAAAGAAAUGAUCACAUUUUUCAUUUCUAUUUUUUCGAGUUAACUCCAUUAUCCUGUAGAUCAUGAGGGCAAAUACUUUUGUUUAUACAGGUAUAGUGCAUGCCCUUCAUCAAUAUUUCAAGCUGUAGUUUUUAUUAAUAUCACACGUUCUUACAACCUAUUGCACAAUGAAUCUGUCCACCAUUUAUUCUUUUGUUGGUGAAAAAUAAAAGGAUUUAUUGUUCAUACCGUAUUUGUUUGCACUCACUAUCCCAUAGACUUUGAAGAAUCCUAAAAAAAAGUACCCUUUAGAAAUCCUGGGUAAAAUUUAUGCCAUUCAGUGUUUUUAAUUUUCCAGCAAAGCUACACAAAAUCUGAUGAUCCUUCAGAUUUCAAUUUGAGCUACAGUACCAGCUUCCAGUAUUUUAUUUUUAUUUUACUUAUUGUGCUUACGGUGCUACUUUUUCCCAUCCAAAGCGGCCUUUUAAUGUUUUCUGCAAGGGUGCCUGUAAGGUUCAAGCAACCUAAAACAUUCAAAGCACAAUCAAACAGAAGACAGAAAACAAACAAGAUUGCUUUUACUCGUGAGGAGAACGGACAGAGAUGUACUCAGUUUACAACCUCCACCCGCUCUGAGUAAACUCUGCCAUCUCCUCCCUUUUAUUCUGUUAGGGCGUUCCCUAGUUACACAGAGCACAUUGCAGCUCUAAGGAGGGGGAAGCACACAAGCUGCAACGUGUCAGCACAUUCUCUAUAUAACUCUCUACGUGUGUGUGUGUUUACGCACAAACAAACAAUCAAGAGUGUGCAACUGCUGUCGUGCAGCUGGCUCAGAAACAGGAAGUUCAAAAGUUCAGGUGGACAGGAUGACACAGCAACUGUGUGUCUGUGUGUAUAAGAUGAAAGUACAUCAUAAAUCCAACAGUUACACCGGAACAUUCCAAGCAUCUCUGUGCUUUAGCAGUUCCUGUUUCUUCUUCUUUAUGGCUGCAGGAAUCACCUUACUUAGUGCACACACACAGAGGUUAUAGCAGUUCAAACAAAGGAAGAUACAUUCUUUAAGCGAAUAUAUGAUAACAUGUAUAUACAUUUCUCUCCUGUUUAUCAUGUAUUUGCUCAAAUUCUCAUAUCAUUCUAUAACCCUUUCCUUUCAAAUUUUCAGUCAAGAAAUCAUUUUUUAUGAAAACAAACAUCAAAUGUGACUUGUACUCAUAGUCACCUGGUCUGGAAACCGAUCAGGCAUGUGAAGGUCAUCCUCCAUGUCUAUAGCUGUCUCCAUCUCUCUCUUUCGUUCCCUUCCGGAUCCAACAACAAAUACAUGUGUGCCAUUUUAGUUUCCAUGGGUAGAAUAGCUGCAUUUAUUAAUUUGUUGAAUAGACCACACACACACAGGGAAUAACACAACAUCCACACAAGGUCAGAAUGGCUGCAAAAACAGCAAUUGAUAACAAUAGAGAUGACACCAAGGAUUUGUACUUGCCAAACGUGUUGAGCCAACUGUCCCACAAUGAGGUAUCCACCCCAGAGUGUUCCUUCAUCUUACCAUUCAGGGUGCGGAGGCCUUCAAUCGCCUGAGUCAGGCUGCCAUCAGCAGCAGUGUUGUUACGAAUGAAGGUACAGCACCGUUCACCAAACAUUGCACACACAUCUCCUCCCUUUGUUAACAACAUGUCCACCACAAUCCUAUUUUCGUAAGGCAUCAGAAUGUAGCUUUGAGAUGAUCUCUGACAGCCUCAAAUCCAUACUGUGUCCAGUUACCCAAUUUUUGAACAUUGUAGUGGAUGUAGUUUAUUCUGUCUAUGUUUUGUUGAUGGUGAUCCAUGGAAAAAUGGAUUCCCAUCCUGCCGCAAUUUGAUUUACUAAUUUAUUUUCAUCAGGCACUCCAUGGGGAACACCAAUGGCAUCAGUGUAUAUAGGAUCUUAUCUCCUAACCACUGUGGUUGUGUUUGGACCAAUAGUCAUUUGGAUGGAAUUGUUAUAGGCCCAACUAAUAAUCCAUGGUGUAUGUACUGUCUUUGAUGUGCUUCACUUUGGCCUAUCUGUCAGUGGGGUUACAUUGGUGGCAACUGUGUCUGGAUUUUUGAGGUUAUUAGUCUGAUCCCAUACAAGCAGCCCUAUGUCCAUUAUGAACAUAAUAGUUAUCCAUCGCCCUACAAAAUACUUUGCUCUUAUUACCGUCAUUUCGCAGAAAACCUUAGGAAUUCCCGCCUCUAGUAGGAUUGGUGUCUUGUAAUUUCUUCACUGACCGUCAGGUAUCUUCAGACUCUAUAUGUCUGCACCCACCUUGAUGUCAGAACUUUGCUCACCUUUCCCGUCGGGGCCCUUUUUUACAAUGUUAAAUGUAUCCAGGUUAAUCUUUCAGCUAUUUUUAGUGCAGUAGGUGUGGUCAACAGUACUUGAAACGGUCCUUCCCACUUGGGUGAAUGCCAGUGCUUCUUUUUUAUGCUUUUGAGAGGACCCAAUCGCCUGGAUGAACUAACUGGGUUUCCAGCUGGGAGACAGAAGAAUCCUCAGCAGUUGCACAUAUAUUAUUUUGUCUUUCCAAUAAGCGCCUCAUAUAGUCGGCGAGAUUAGAGUCAUCAUUAGUUUCCCAUUGGCUUUUGAAGUACGGUAGUUUAUAUAGUCUUCCAAAUAAGGUUUCGUAUGGUGUUAGUCCAUUUGAAGCAGUUAUAUUGAUGUAUACUUUAACGAAAUCAAGACAUUGCGUCCAUGGUCUCCCUGUUUCCUCCACACACUUUUUGAGUCUAUAUUUUAUUGUGCCGUUCAUUCGUUUCACUAGUCCUGCGCUUUGAGGGUGGUAAGCACAAUGAUUUUUCAGGUUGAUAAGGAACAUUGUUCCUAUUUUCUGUAUUAUCUUGUUUACAAAAUGGGAGCCAUUGUCUCUAUAAAUCAUUUCAGGUAUACCAUAUUGUGGUAUGAUAUCUUUACACAGUGCUUUUGCCACUGUCAAAGCAUCAGGAUGUUUUGUUGGAAAGACUUCUAUCCAUUUAGAAAAAGCAUCUACAGUAUGAUGACCAAACAAAAUUUCUUUCCCUCGCUUUUGUUUAGCUCUAAGAAGUCCAUAUGUUUUACUUGGAUAAGGUAUUGUGGUGUUGGAAAAUGACCACGUCGUGGGCGCAAAUUGCCUUGCGGAUUGUGCUUUGCGCAUGUUAGGCAGGCUCUACAAAAAUGUUUUGAAUAAGAAUUAAAGCCAUAGGUAGUAAAAUAUUGAUGUAUAUGACUAACCAUCCCUCCUGUUGACACAUGUGACACAUCAUGGCUCAAAAUAGCCGCCCAUUUAUAUAAAUUUUUGGGUAAAAUAGGCUUCGAGUUUUGGUCUCAAUACAGUAGAUGCCGUCUUUUAGUGUAGCCCCUUGUCUUUUCCAAAUUUCAAUUUCAGACGACAGACUUUGAGGUUGCAUGUCUUUGAAAAUAUCAUCAUCUAGGUGUUUUUGCUCUACUGUUAAUACAGUUAUUUCGUUGCCAGCAGCUGCUUUAGCCAUCUUGUCUGCAAAUGCAUUUACCUUUUGUGAUGUCAUCAGUGCCAUUUGUAUGUUCUACACAUUUGCAAAAAGCAACCUUUUGUGGUAGCUGAACUGCAUCCAAUAAAUCUUGUAAUAGUUGAGCAUGCGGAACUGGCUUGCCUGUUGAUGUAAUCAUGCCUCUUAAUGUUCCAAUAUUGCGCAAAUGUGUGUACAGGUGCGUAUGCAUAUUGACUAUCAAUGUAGAUGGUUACCUUCCUGCUUUUCAUGAGUUUACACGCUUCAGUUAGGGCUACCAAUUCAGCAACACUCUGGCUACAUGUACGAUGGUUGCCAGUGUUUUGUCCGCCGAUUGCCUGCAUUUUCAUCUUGCAACUCCUUGACUUCUUUUCUUAGUGCUUUGAUAGACUUGCUCUGUGCUCUAUUUUCUUCCAUAAUGUUUGUGACACCAUUACUGACAUCCAGUAUGACUUCAUAGAGGCUACUGUAUUCAGAUUGAAUUUCGGUUUCCAGAAUCAAUAUAUAGUUGUAUAUGAAGUAAAAUGUUUCUUUGCUAUUGAAAGCAGAUUCUCAAUUGCUCCCAUUAUUUGUGCUAGAGUAAUCGCUGGUGUCUUGCAAAAAUCAUCAAAUUCUGGAGUUGUUUUUUUAUCCACGACUUUAUCGAAGUUUUGUGUCAUGCUCUUGAUAAUAUCUUGACUUAAGAGUCUUGGAGUGUUUUUUUUGUCCGAGUCCUCUUCAAAUCCUGGAGUUGUUUUUUUUUUAUCAGGAAAUCCAGAGUAAGUAUCUUUUUGCUUUGUGUUUGGAAUUGUCGCUAGUCGACCUCUUAGCUUGACUUGCUAGCAGGUAUCGACACUUGUAACUAGUUUAUUUCAAGGAAUCUGUACCUUUCGCCUAUCCAAGUUAAAGUUGGAGGAUUCAGCAAGCAGUGCUGAUCUUGUGUUCAUGAAGUGUAGUCAGGAAAGCACCAAAAUAGUUAAAAUUUCCAAUAUUUUCAACAGAGCUCCUGCCAUACACGUCCUUCCCAGUCAAGGGAAAAAAAUAAAAAAGAACUCCAAUGGAAAAAAACAGUCACAUGCCGCGAACUAGUGAUGCUGGAAACGCGGAGUGCAGGUAGGAUUGCAAGAAUUAUAGUGUGCCUAAAGCACUUAAUGUGCAGUUUCAAUCCUGCCUGGCGCAAUGGCACUUCAAUAUUACGUGUCACACUCUGAUAGACUUCUGGCUGCCGUCUUCCCGCAACAUAGUUUUAUCCAUUUAAUCGAGAAAUAUCGUCACAUUUUUUACAUUUGAUUUAAAAGUACUUAUAUUAUAUGGAUAUUUAACUGGAAGUAUUUACACAAUGCAACAAUUAUUUCAGUAAUGGCAUUGUUCAUACAUUUGAUCAUAAUCUAAAUUAUCUUUAUCUAAAUUAUCUUUAAUUAUCUUUUAGUUGACUUCUCAUUAAUUCAACUACUCACCCAGGGAAACAAAUUAGCUUUAAGCUAUAUUGUGUGGGUGUCCAGCGCAAUAUUCCUUUUAAGUCUCGUCCAAUGUCCUGUUUAUUUACAACAAGCAGUGUUAUAAAUCUGGGCUACCAUUAUGGGUACCUGGGCUACAGCCUGGCCAACAACUACAGAUGCCUCAGCUACUGAUGUAGUUUACCAGGCUACCACCAUGGCUAACAGGACUACAGCCAAUUACAGCUUUCCAUCAUGGCUACCAGAGCUACAACUUGGCCUAUAACCACUGCUAUCUGGACCACCAUUGUGGCUACCUAAGCUCCAGCCUGGGCUAUCUGGGCCCCCAUCACAGCUACAUGGGCUACAGACUGGGCUAUUACUACGGCUACCAUGGCUACAACCUGGGCUACCAUCACAACUACCUAGGUCACAACCACAGCACACUAAGCAACCGCCACAACUGUUGGAGUCACAAUCUCAGAUACCUGGGCUACCAUCAAAGUUACCUGGGCUAGCAAUGUCUACAUUAAACACUCAAAUUCUGAUUUAGGACAAUGCAACACACUGACACGAGCAAUGGGAACAACUGCAAAUAAAAAUUUUACUUCUGUAACUUCUCCUCCAUGAUUCACCACCUUAUCGUGGUGGAGGGGUUUGAGUGCCCUAGUGAUCCUAGGAGCUAUGUUGUCUGGGGCUAUGUGCCCCUGGUUGCGUCUCCCAAGGCAAACAGGUCCUAGGUGAUGGGCCAGACCAAGAGUGAUUCAGAAGACCUUAAAUAAACGCAAGAGGGACCGCACCUUGCCCGGACGUGGGGGAAGGGGCUCGCAGGCGAGCGUGUGGUUGGGCCUUCACCGGUGGUGCCCGACCGGGCCCGGCCCAAAGAAGCCACACGGGACCUCCCCCCCGUAGCAUAAGGGUCUGGUGCAAUGUGGGCCAAAUUUGGUUCUUGGGACAUGGAAUGUCACUUCUCUGGUGGGGAAGGAGCCCGAACUUGUGCGAGAGGUUGACACAUUCCGACUAGAUAUAGUCGGACUCACCUCGACCCACAGUUUGGGUUCUGGAACCAAACCCCUCGGGAGGGGCUGGACCUUGUUCUACUCUGGAGUUGUUGCAGGGGAGAGGUGGCGAGCUGGUGUGGGCUUAUUAAUAGCCCCCCGGCUCGGUGCAUCUGUGUUGUAGUCAUCGCCGGUGAACGAGAGGGUCAUUUCCCUACGCCUUUGGGUUGAGGUAAGGGUCCUGUCUGUCAUUUGUGCGUACGCGUCAAACGGCAGUUCAGAAUACCCAGCCUUCUCAGAGGGGUGCUGGAGAGCACCUCAACUGGUGACUCCAUAGUUCUAUUGGGAGACUUCAACGCACAUGUAGGCAAUGACAGUGUGACCUGGUGGGGCGUGAUUGGGAGGAACGGCCUCCCCGAUCUGAACCCGCGCAGUGUGAUGUUUUUUGGACUUCUGUGCAAACCACAAUUUGUCCACAAACAUUGUUCACAAACACCAUGUUUGAACAUAAGGAUGUCCACAAGUGCAGUUGGCACCAGGACACACUAGGCUGCAGGUCUAUGAUCGACUUUGUAGUUGUAUCAUCAGACCUGCGUCCGCAUGUUCUGGACACACGUGUGAAGAGAGGGGCUGAGCUGUCAACUGAUCACCACCUAGUGAUGAGUUGUAUUAGAUGGCGGAGGAGGAUGCCGGACAGACCUGAGAGACCCAAACGUGUAAUGAGGGUGCGCUGGGAACGUCUGGCAAAGUCUCCAGUUCGUCGAGUCUUCAACUCUCACCUCUGGCAGAGCUUCGCCUGUGUCCCGUGGGAGGAUGCGGAUAUUGAGUCCUAAUAGGCUGUAUUCCGUGCCUCCAUUGCUGAGGCAGUCAAUUGGAGCUGCGGCCACAACGUGGUCGUGGCGACAAGCCCAGAACCCGAUGGAGAACACCAGAGGUCAGGGCUGCCGUCAAGCUGAAGAAGGAGUCCUAUCGAGCAUGGAUGGCUGGUGGAAUUGCUGAAGCACCUGACCCGGGCUGUUCAUGAACCGCCGUGCUGGUAUUGUUGUUGUUUUGGAUACAGAAAGAAGAAGUGGAAAUGACACGCAUUUCAUCAUGACGUCCUUCAUGCGUCGAGACCUCCGUGUGCCGCUGUUUUGAUUGGGAUAUCCUGAUUGAUUACAAUUACCAUGUAUACAGGAAUAACCCUGUUUCGUCACGCAUGUAAACGAGUUGUUCCGAGUGUUUCACAAAAUGGAAUAUUUACCUUAACCCGAAUAUUGACUGCAUGUAAACAUACAGUACUCAGUGUUGUACACUAAAACACUGAACAAGAAGCUGCUGCAAUACUUUCUGGAGCCAUGGUGCCAGUGUCCCAUUAGCUCCAAAAUUUUUGGUUACAUCUUAAUACAAAGAAAACUGCUUGUAUGUUUUUUUCACGACACAAGGCUGAUGUCCAACAAGCAUCUGUUUUAGUGAAUGGUGAAAGUUUAGAUGUGGUGGACCAAUUUAAGUAUCUCGGCGUGGUCUUUGACUCACACCUAACAUUUAAGCAACAUGUUGAAAAAGUCAGAAAUACAAUCAAAUUUAACUUGCCAAAUUUCAAUCAUGUAAGACCUUUUCUGACGUUUGAAUCAGCAAAAACGUAUAUGCAAGCAAAGAUUUUCACUCAUAUAACCUAUUGCUAUACAACUUGGUCACAUGCCAAAGAGAACACACUAAAACCUAUCAAGUCUCUCUUCAAGAAAACAUUGGAAGUUUUAGAUAGAAAGCCUCUUCAGUUUCAUUAUUGUAGUAAUCUUGGUAAGUAUAAUAUGUUAGACUUGGACAAUUAUCAAAUGUUCUUACAUGUCUGUCUUGUCUAUAAGGUUCUGAAUGCACUCGCCCCUCCACCAUUACAGGUUUUUAUACAGAAGAAUACACUAAAAACGGUGGUUAAAGGCAAACCAGUCGUGUGCUCACGGGUAAUGUCCAUUCCAAGCUGAUAAUUGUUUAUAUUGCUUAACAAUUUGUUUUAUGUUUACUGUAACUGGUCUAUACAGUUAUACAGGUGUAAUGUUGUCUGUAAAUGUAUUUUUGUUUUAUCUUUUUUAUGGUUUUAUGAUGUUUUAUGUGUGGUGUCAUUUGUAAAUGUAUGUGUUUUAUGGUGCCUGCCUUAGGAAAUUAGAUUAAAUUUAGCUAUUGAAAAAUGACAAAUCUGGUCUUUUGGAGCAUCUAUUAGAGCGAUUAAUGGCUAAGUAGUGUGCUGAGGACGUGUUUUCAAUGCAGUGUUUCUGGAUUCUGCUCCCCAUCAUGGCGGCCAAACCCGUGCAGGACAUAAUACGGAAGUGGAUGCCGAGUCGGCCCUCCUGUUCUGUAGCCUCCUUGCUCAAAACAAUCUUGGCACAACAGCUCUCGUGAUUCUGAAUGCUAACCCGACUGCAUAGUAUUCUUUUUUUUACAUUUUCACAGUAUAUAUGAGAAAAAUACACAUUUUACAAUUGUUGAAUUAAAUCAACCAAAAAUAUCUGCACUGCUUUUUGGGUGUAUGACACCAAUACCAAGGGAAUUGUUUCAUGAUGUGUGCGAUUCCAUUGCUUCUCGUUGUCAGCGGUGGCUGGACCAGAACGAACAUCAUUUUGGAGAACAGGCGUUGACAAAACACUAAAAUUAUGUUUGUAAAUUAUAUUACAUUUUGGAAAUGGAACGAAACAUAAUAAACACCUACUUUACAAUUAUUUCAAGUGUGUUAUUUUGGGACACCUCGUAUAUAUAUAUAUGUAUGUAUGCAUGUGUAUUUAUUUAUUUAUUUUUAUUUCAGAGCAAGGU